UGAGUACCGUGCUGAUAGAAGGCAGCUGGUUAUGCACCAACCUCUUAUUUAAAAUGUAAAUAUGACGCUUCCGGAUGUUUAUCAGAAUUUCAUGUCUGAGAACUUCUUUAUAGAUUCCAUUCUCAAACCAUUUUUUAUGUAAGCCAACAUAUCAUUUUCAUAUAUAUAUAUAGUUCACCUGAGGUCAGCGACUUGUAGUGAAGCAUGACAGCCGGACGUUCAGGUGAGGUUCCUCUGAAACUUUCUCCUUUUGUACCGAAUUUCCCACAAACAUGUAUCUAGCUGCAUUUCGUCAAACACGCCUCGUUUGGAAUUCGCACUGGGUUCAGUUGAAGUAUCAUAUCUUGUUCAAUUUGCACCUGCACGACGUGGGUACCAAAAGGGCCACAUCAAUUUCUUUCGUUUUUCUUCCUUGCAUUGAAGAACAACUUCCAACCCCGUACUCGCAAAUAUGCCGAGCAAAAGGCGCCGGUCGUAGAUAAGAGGUGGGAGGCGCGCGUCGUGUAUAUACGUAGUCGGGUGAAGAGCACAGACACGUGAGAGAUUGUGGGCCACAAAACGACUUUCCCGGCUCUCGGUCACCCCGGUAACCGAUGUACACCGGAUAAGGUGACAGAUAAGCGCAUUGUUGCGCUGGCAGCCCAGCGAGAAGAGCACACCGCGGAUAUACACAGCGGCUAACAAGGAGCCCGCACCAGCAUGUGGCGCACUUGGUCUUCAACCGGCACCUACGUGCCCCUCCUAUCGCCGGAAUUUUGACUGCGCACGUGCCGCAUAGGUAUAAAAUGCAUCACCUAUGAAUGCGAAGGUGGCAAUCGCAGUCGUGGUUUUUGCCGCGCUGUGCGUCUCUCGGGGAAAUGGCGUUGUUGCGUUUCGGGAACGGGCACCUCGCCUGGAGGGCAACGGAUACACGGACAUUAUUGUGCGCCUGCCCCACGGCCUUAACCGCAGCGAUCCUGGAGAGUUCUUCGGACAGCUGGAGAGGUUGCUUCGCCGUGCAUCAGGAAGGCUUCUCCAAGCAUCCGACGGCCGAUGGUACUUCAGAGGUAUACGCGUGGUGGUGCCACCCAAUAUGGAGACUCCUCGUAACCUGUUGCUGCAAGACGCCACUUGGGAGCUUUUCAACGAUGCCCACAUCGUUUUCACCAAGCAAGGUAGCAAGUGCAAGGCUCGACAAAGUAAGGGAUGCGGCGAACGGGGCGACUUCAUAAUGCUACCUGUGAGCGCCCUCGACGCAUCUGUGGACAUUGACGCAGCGGCAUCCUCACUUGUUCGCAGCUGGGCCCAAUUUCGCUAUGGUGUGUUUGAAGAGACGGCGUUCGGCUCCAGGCCGCAGUGGUGCUUCUACGACGGGUCAUUUUGGCGUCCCACCGGCUGCUACACGACGAAUGUCACUGCACGGCCUUAUCUGAACAAGGAGGGUAUAUGGGAAUGCCAGAGAAAGGACAUAGGCUUCAAGCAAAUCUUUCAGCUCGCAAGUGAGCCGGCAUCAUCACUGAUGUUUACGUCUAGCAUACAAAAGGUUCGAAAAUUCUGCGACGCCCGUGGUAACCACAGCCACCUUCGUUGGGCGCCCACAAAGCAUAACGCGAUGUGCAAGGCGCGCAGCGUAUGGGAAGUCAUCAGGGAUUCACCCGACUAUUCACCAGACAUUCAUCCAUUAUCCGUGCAACCAGCUACUCUGUUCGACUACGUCAAGCCACGGACGCACCGUUACUUUUACGUUGUGCAGGCUUGCGCACCUGAUCCCACGGAUUCAGUGUAUAGUAAAAUCAUGGCGUCUAUUAACGAGGGGUUGCGGCGCUUUCUUUAUGCUGCUCCUCGUGGUUCGAACUGGAAUCUGGUACUUCUGGACGGUGGCAACGUCACAGUAUCUGCGGACAGUGGCUUUGACAGCAGAAAUACUACGUGGCAAGCAAGAUGGGAGUACCUAAGAGAGCUUGACCGAAGUGUCAAGUACACCUGCACGAGCCCGGACAUGAACAGCUUCGUUAAAGCUAUUCCAGAGGUGGCGCAAAAUGAGGCUACAACAGUAAUCGCACUGCUGCACAGCGAUUCCGCCCCAGCAGGUGUUGUCAAAGCACUAGCCACGAUUCACACGGUGCGUCUGGUCCUUAUCCUGUUCCACACGGCUGCGACGCCCCAGCACUCGACCUGGAGAUUGUCUGUGCUGCGAGCCGAUAAUCUUUUCAUGGUGCCCGCAGCUUCGAGUCAAGAGUCCAUGGCGGCUCUGGUUGAUCUCGCCCUUCACUCAGCACACCAUGCGACAGCAGACCUUGACGGAGACGUCAUCAAGGUAUUCCAGAAGACAGACGUGAAUCUACGAAACGGCAUCAGUGGCAACUUCAGCUUCAAGUCCUUUGAUUCCAACGUGCUUUCAUUCAUACUAGCCUGCCCUGACGUGUACAGCAUUGAAGAAGGUGAUGUAAUCUUCAACGGGACUGUGGUGCCAUCUCACCGGGUCAAGAUGUCUAUGUUUGCCACGGAACACGUGCUCACUGAGGACUCAGACAUCGUGAACGUUGAUUAUGCGGUCAGGGCACGGCAAAUCAGCCAACGCUGUUCAUUAAUGGCAAGCAUUCGGGGCUCUGGGCAUGAACCAAGACUCCGCAUACGUGGAUGGUUCCGCAGAAACAGGGUAGACACGCCGCUUCCGCAAAUACUGUACGCCGAACUCCUGUACGGCGAGCAACCUGUUAAGGGAGCCAAUGUGGAGGCUGUCGUCUAUUACGCAACGCAAAACACGGUAACCACUACAGUCGUCCAGCUUCGGGACAAUGGACUUCUGGAGCCGGACGUGACCAAGGGUGACGGCGUGUACAGCGGCUACUUUCUGGCUGCAUCUCGGAGAGGUGGUUGGUACAGUGUCCUGUUGAAGGCCUCAAGUAUUCAAGCGACGACCGUCAGCUCCGAUGCAAGCCAUGGCGCCUCCUUCCAGAGGGAAGAGUUCGUUGGCUCCUUCUGGGCAUCUGAGCAAAACAAGGCGCCAUUUCCGCCUGGUACAGUGCGUGACUUGAGCGUAAAACGCAUCGAUUUGCCCAACAUCACUUUUCAGUGGUCAGCUCCUGGAAACGAGUACGACAACGGCGACGGUUCUGGUUCCACCUACGAACUCCGUUACUCCCUGUACCAACAACGCCUGUCAAACGAUUUCGCUAACCAAGUUGGUAUUGAAUUCACACAAGAUCAAAUGUUCGGGGACGAUGAAUCAGCCUCCUUGUCGCUUCCACACAGAAAUCCCGAUAAGACUGUCGUUUAUUAUUUCGCUCUUCGAACGAAGAACAAGAACAACCGCUAUAGCGACAUCUCAAACAUUGUGGCUGUUGUAAUAGACGGCCACUUAGGAAUGACCACAGCAGUACCUGAGAGGAACAGCAUGAGCGAGAAUACUUCCAUAAGCUUUAACGCCACCACAAGAAAAGAUGUGGAAGACGCUGUACCAAAUAGCACAGCAGGGACAGUGCUAAACAGGACUUCAGAUGAUACUGCAUCAUCUUCAGUUCUCUUGUACUUCAACCACUUCACCGAGCAGCAGUUUUACAUUCUACUUGCCAGUGUAGCCGGUGGGUUUGUCUUGCUCGUUCUACUGGUCAAUUGUGUAAUAUGCCUGGUCUGCCUACGGCAUCGAAGGUCGGACGGCAAACGCCGAGAUACCGAGUGCGCCGUUAUCGAGAACGUAGUAAGCCCCGAUAAGCCUAUCAAUGCAUACGAAGAACGCACAAGAUUUGAUGCACCGGAAGACGUUGGAGCACUGCGCAAGAAACUAUCCAAUUUAUCCCAACGUCGCGAUCGGGCCAACAAUAUGACACAUGAGAACUCUCCGGGUGCGCGCGUGAGUGUGGUGCCUUUGUCGACUAAAGAUUGUGAACACGAUCCGCCUAUUGCUCUCGAACCGUUGAAUGAGCAGGCGGUGCCAAAUCCCGGCGCUCCCAGCGCCAUGCCUCGAAGUGCAACAAAAGAGAAGCCGCAAAGCAUUCGCACAGUGGCUGUCGAGUUCAGGGCGAACAACACGGGGGAGACGGCACCAGUAGCGUUAGGUCAGGGGCACAUGCUGCAGCGCCGGGCGUCCGGUUCACUCCGCUCGUCUAAGAGGUCAAAUUCAUCUUCACGCGUAACAAAGGUGUCGGACAAGUCGACACGUACGGAUCGAAACAAAGCACCGGGUCCAGCUGACCAUGUGCGAAAGCGCAGUGGUGACUAUUACGACCUAGGAGUUGUCUAACGCACACUAUGCGUCUCACUUAAAAAAAAAACCCCUUCGGUAAGAAUCACAACUGAAAAUUCACACAAGCCAAAUCUUGAAAAAGAUAUUAGUGCUAUUCAUACUACUGAACAGAAACCAACAGCCAGAGAAGCGAUAAGUAUAAAAAAUUUCCGAACUGGGAAUGUCUUAAAUCCCCUAAAUUUUUUACAGUUUGUAUGUGUACACCAGGGUAAACACCAACACAUCUACGAGCAUAAAUACAAAAAGGUACAGACCACCCUCCACGCUUGCUCGACAUGAAAUCCCGACUACGCUCCAGAAAAGCAGAAUCGCGUGCAGGGGGUUUAUUGCCUUUAUUAUAUCACGGUUGAAUAUUCCUUCAGUGCAUGAAGUUUGUGAAAUGUUUUUUUGCGCGUCAGCGAAGUGCAAGAAACUCAACAAAGGUUUUUUUUCCCCCACACAAAUCAUGGAGAGAGCAAGACGCAAAUGGAGGCGUGUAGACCAAAGAAGUUUGCAGUGUCGUCCGCGUUUCUCUGCAGCAGCAACGAAAGCUCGCUCCUCGUUCCUUCACAAUGAGUUCCCGUUACAAGUUUCUGCGAUGCGAAAGGAAGGCGUUGUAGCUAUAAUUUUGAAAAUUUUAACGUGUGGUUACAUAACGUUAAAUGUGCCCUUUUAUGUAAAAGUAUAUAGUGCUGGAUAAUCCUGAAGCGAAAGAAAAUAAGCAGCAUGAAGCUCCCAUGAAGCUACAUAUAUUAUGCGAAUAUGACAUUGCUAACAGCGGCUUAUACGUAAGUAAAAGAAAUCAAAAUAAACAGCUCCGAAUCGAAAAUUUUAGAGACACCAACCAUAAUAUACAAGCAUAUCUAACUGCGCACCUUGUGUGCUCGUCAAGCUGCAGGCAUCCCACACAUGUAGCACUUUCCAAGUCUGUCUCCAACGGUGCAGUCAAGAUACUGCGCCUGAGAUAUUCAAAUAGAAAUGUCCCCCCAUUAAAUUUUUUGCGCAGGAAACCACGUCGAAAGGGACAAUACUUAGGCGCCUAAUAAGUGUGCAUUCAUUGUUUUAGUGUGAGCAGAAAAUAAUGUUCGGAAUACACAUUUGCAACUCAGUGAAGUCUCCUGUUUGCAGUCCGUCAGAAUAUUUCUUAGUAGUUUUAUUUUUUUUUAAAUCGUCUUCUCUCUUUCUUCUUUUCUUACUCUCUGUUUUUCGCUGUCUCUUUAUACAUCUUCCUUUCUCUUUCUCUUUCUCUCUCUCUCUCUGCAUUCGUUCUCUGCAGUCUCGUCUUCUUUCUUUCUAUUUCUUUCUCUCUCCUUCUCUUUAUCUUCUCGUUCUGCUUUCCUCGUUUCCGUCCUUCUCACCCAAAUCACUGCUACCUUUUCCCCACUACCAUUUCCCAACCCUUCAUUAUACUAUACUAUACAAAGCUAUGCUAUGCUCUGCUAGCAUGCACGCGUGUUGCAGAGAAAGGCGUAGCCAAUCAUUUACUCAACAUCCCAGUUCAUCAGGAUGGUCACUCAGCUAAGAGGUACUAAGAAUCAAAUGUAAAGUCAGGCAGAAUCGUAUUUGCAUUGUUGAGGUGUUUAUGCAUUCUUAAGCCCAUUGUAGUGUAUGAUUGGAAAUGCCAUUAGUUUAUAUAUUCUCUUUAAAUAUAACUGCUGAUUCUUAAGUGCUAUGUGACUACGUUGUGCAGCGGUACAAAUAGAGUGAACAUAUCAGCUUUCGGAUUGUAUUUCAUUACUUCAAAAUGUCAUGCCGAUGAUAAUUAAAUACUAUGAAAGAAAAAUGAAAGUGGAUAGCCCAGUACUUACGACGUUGGAUUGUAGCUAGGCGGUUUCGAGUCUCACA